AUGGAUACUGAGAAUGAGAAACAGUCCGCCUUCGCAGAUGAAGAUGUUUACCCUUUACACGCGCUGGACAACAACCCCACUUGGGUGAACUGGGUAAUGCGAUUUAAUGACGCCCUUGAUGCUCAAAAAUUGCAUGAUUCCCUUUCCAGAUUGCUCGAUAUAGGAGACUGGAGAAAGCUUGGUGGGCGUAUACGCCGCAAGAGCAAGAAAACCUGGGAGAUCCACGUCCAAAAUUCGUCUGCCGCGAAAAGAGAGAAUGUGUCGUUCUCGCAUGCGACGUAUGAUAUGAGAAUACAAGACCAUCCUGUUGCUAAGAAUUUCCCGAAGGAAACAGAUCGCCCAUCCAUUCACCCGAUUCCGAGCACUUUCCGACCAUUCAUUGCUCGGGCCGCCUUUCCCACAUUCGAGGAAGUUAGUCAGAGAGACAUCGCCCCGAUAUUUCUUCAUGUCACUUCAUUUCGUGAUGCCACCAUCGCCGCUUUAGUAUGGCCACAUGUCUUGAUGGAUGUCAUGAGCGGUCGAGCGCUUCUGGCUGCAUGGUCAUCAGUUUUAGCCGGUCGCGAAGACGAGGUACCAACUGUUCUGGGCGCACGCGAAGAUAUUCUACAACAUCCAGCGGUCACGGCCGAUGACGAUGAUGAGUUUAUUCUGGAAAAGAGCCGAUUGACGGGCCUCAGCCUGAUUGUCUUCCAAUUACGGUCAUUAUGGGACAUGAUUCGCAAUGGCUCUCGAGAACGCCGAGUCAUUUUCCUUCCCAAAACUUCGUACGAGAAACUCAAAACCCGUACACGGCAAGAAGUCGCUACACUCGCUUCAGGAGCGGAUCCCGCUCCUUUUAUGAGCGAGAGCGACAUACUCACAGCCUGGGCGACACGUGCCAUCGCAUUAUCUGAGCCACACUCGCGUUCCGUUGUUGUUAUGAGUCUUCUCAACCUUCGCUUCCGAAUCCCAUUGCUGCUUCAAUCAACGGGAGUCUUCCUCCAGAACAUGGUAUUGGGGACAUACGCAUUCUUUUCUUCACCGAUUGCCAAAGGUCCACUUGGGCCAAUUGCACUUGGUCAUCGCCAACAUGUUGCGGAACAAGGAACAGAACAACAACUUCGCAAAUUCUUGAAAGCUGCGAUGACAGAUAUCGAGGCAGCGGAGUUGAUGAAGGCAGCCAACUUUGCUCCGGCGGUUAUUACCCAGGGUGAGACGACAGAAAACCGAACAAACGCCCUCGGGACAAUGGUGAACUAUUUCAACGAAACUCUCGACAAUAAUUUCGAGGGGCUGAACAUCUUUGUGAUGCUCGGAAAAGAUCACGCGGAGAACUAUUGGUUCAUGGGAACACUGCUGCCUCGGGCUUGGGAUGUCAUUGAGGGAGAGCUGCGCAACUUGGAAGACUAG